UCUCCUUUAGCUGACGGGACGGUUGACAGUGGUCAAGGAUCUUCUGUCUUCACAGAAUCUCGAGUGAGCAGCCAACAGACAGUUUCAUAUGGGUCCCAGCAUGAACAGGCACAUUCUACUGGCACACUCCCAGGGCAUACAGCUUCUGUUGUCCAAGCACAAUCUCAGCCCCAUGGGGUCUAUCCACCCUCAAGUGUGGCACAGGGGCAAAGCCAGGGUCAACCAUCCUCAAGUAGCUUAACAGGCGUUCCAUCUUCCCUACCCAUACAACAUUCUCAGCAGCAGCAGGGAGUACAGCAGACAGCCCCUCCUCAACAGACAGUGCAGUAUUCACUUCCACAGACGUCAGCCUCCAGUGAGGCCGCUACUGCACAACCAGUCAGUCAGUCUCAAGCUCCGCAGGUCUUGCCUCAAGUAUCAGCUGGAAAACAGCUUCCAGUUUCCCAGCCAGUAUCAACUAUCCAAGGCGAACCUCAGAUCCCAGUUGCGACACAACCCUCAGUUGUUCCAGUCCACUCUGGUGCUCAUUUCCUCCCUUUGGGACAGCCACUCUCUACUUCCUUACUCCCUCAGUAUCCCGUCUCUCAAAUUCCCAUAUCAACUCCUCUUGUGUCUGCGGCUCAGACAGGUUUCUCAUCCCUUCCCGUUACAAUGGCAGCUGGCGUUAAUCAGCCUCUGCUCACCUUGGCUUCAUCUGCUACAGCAGCCGGGAUUCCGGGGGGACCAACUGUGGUUCCUAGUCAGCUUCCAACCCUUCUGCAGCCUGUGACUCAGCUGCCAAGUCAGGUUCACCCACAACUUCUGCAACCAGCAGUUCAGUCCAUGGGAAUACCAGCUAACCUUGGACAAGCUGCUGAGGUUCCACUUCCCUCUGGAGAUGUUCUGUACCAGGGUUUUCCACCUCGACUGCCACCACAAUACCCAGGAGAUUCAAAUAUUGCUCCCUCUUCCAGCGUGGCUUCUAUUUGCAUCCCUUCUACAGUCCUAUCCCCUCCCAUGCCUACAGAAGCACUGGCUACACCAGGUUACUUUCCUACAGUGGUGCAGCCUUUUGUGGAAUCGAACCUUUUGGUUCCUGUGGGCAGUAUAGGAGGACAGGUUCAAGUGUCCCAGCCAGCAGUGAGUUUAGCCCCCACUACAUCCUCCCAGCAAGCAGCUCUGGAGCAGAAUGAAAUGCCAAUGUGGGGGCCUUGUUGCCACUGGCUGUUCUGUUGGGAAAGUACUCAGGGAGUCUCUCAAGUUGCUCCUCCAGAGCCAGUGCCAGUGGCGCAGGCACAGCCUACCACUUUGGUCUCUUCUAUAGACAGUGCACAUUCAGAUGUUGCUUCGGGAAUGAGUGAUGGCAAUGAGAAUGUCCCAUCAUCCAGUGGAAGGCAUGAAGGGAGAACUACAAAACGGCAUUAUCGAAAAUCUGUAAGAAGUCGCUCUCGUCAUGAAAAGACUUCACGUCCAAAAUUAAGAAUUUUGAAUGUUUCAAAUAAAGGAGACCGCGUAGUAGAAUGUCAGUUAGAGACUCAUAAUCGGAAAAUGGUUACAUUCAAAUUCGACUUAGAUGGUGACAAUCCUGAAGAGAUAGCAACAAUUAUGGUGAACAAUGACUUUAUUCUAGCAAUGGAGAGAGAGUCAUUUGUGGAUCAAGUACGAGAAAUUAUUGAAAAAGCUGAUGAAAUGCUCAGUGAGGAUGUCAGUGUGGAACCAGAGGGUGACCAGGGAUUGGAGAGUCUGCAGGGAAAGGAUGACUAUGGCUUUGCAGGUUCUCAAAAGUUGGAAGGAGAGUUCAAACAACCAAUUCCUGCAUCUUCCAUGCCACAGCAAAUAGGCGUUCCUACCAGUUCUUUAACGCAAGUUGUUCAUUCUGCCGGAAGACGGUUUAUAGUGAGUCCUGUGCCAGAAAGUCGAUUACGAGAAUCAAAAGUUUUCACUAGUGAAAUAUCAGAUACAGUUGCUGCCUCUACUUCUCACGGCGCUGGAAUGAACUUGUCUCACUCUGCUUCAUCUCUUAGCCUGCAGCAGGCCUUUUCUGAACUUAGACAUGCCCAGAUAACAGAAGGGCCCAACACGGCACCUCCCAACUUCAGUCAUACAGGACCAACAUUUCCAGUAGUCCCUCCUUCCAUGAGUAGCAUUGCUGGAGUCCCAACCACAGCAGCAGCCACACCUUCAGUAUCAGUCCCUGCAACUAGCAGCCCUCUUACGGACAUUUCCACAUCAGUAAUUCCAUCUGAGAUUCCAGUGCCCACUGAAACAGGGAUUGGUGGAGUUGCCACCUGCAUAGGCGUGAUACCUUCAAGUGGUCCCCCUGUACCACCUGUAUCUGAAUCACCAGUAUUUUCCACAGUGGUUUCGAGCAUCACAGUACCUACAGUUGUCUCGAUAUCAGCAACAUCCCAGCCAGUUCAGGCUCCCACAUCUGGGAGCACUGUUUCUAGUGUAGGCACUUUGCCUUCUACAUCAGUUUCAACAACUUCAGCCUCUGCAGUGGGCAGUGCUGCUGCCCCGGGUGCUAAGCCUCCACCUGUACUAUCUCAGCAGGUGGCGAGCAGUGCUACUGGGGCGGCCACAUUAACAUCUGUUCCUGCCACCACGCCAUUCCCCAGCAUAGCUCUGCAGCCGUCUCUUCAGCUUAGCAGUAGCACCUCUGCUCCAACUCUAGCCGAAACAGUGGUGGUUAGUGCACACUCACUAGAUAAAACAUCUCAUAGCAGUACAACUGGAUUGGCUUUGUCCCUCUCUGCAUCAUCAUCUUCCACCCCUGGAGCAGGAUUAUCUAGUUCUGUUUCUCACACUGGUGCGGUGCAUCCUUUGGUCACCCCAUCAGCUGUAGCUUCUACUCCUGCCCUUCCUCAAGCAGCAGGACCUACUUCUACACCGUUAUUACCCCAAGUACCUGGUAUCCCACCCUUGGUACAACCUGUUGCCAGUGUGCCUGCUGUGCAGCAGACACUAAUUCAUAGUCAGCCUCAACCAGCUUUACUUCCCAACCAGCCCCACACUCACUGUCCUGAAAUAGAUGCUGACUCACAGCCCAAAGCGCCUGGAAUUGAUGACAUAAAGACUCUAGAGGAAAAGCUGCGGUCUCUCUUUAGUGAACACAGCUCAUCUGGAGCCCAACAUGCAUCUGUCUCACUAGAGACUUCACUGGUAGUAGAGACCACUGUCACACCAGGUAUCCCAACCACUGCUGUUGCACCAAGCAAGCUCAUGACUUCCACUACAAGUACAUGCUUACCACCAACCAGUUUGCCAUUAGGCACAACUGGUUUGUCAGUUCUGCCAGUGGUCACACCUGGGCAAGUUUCUACCCCAGUCAGCUUUGUGUCAGCCCCAGUCAGCACUACACCGGGAGUGAAAGCUGGAACUGCUCCAUUGAAGCCACCUUUAACUAAAGCUCCAGUGCUGCCAGGGGGUACUGAACUUCCAGCUGGUACUCCACCCAGCGAGCAGCUGCCACCUUUUCCAGGACCUUCACUAACUCAGUCCCAGCAACCUCUGGAAGAUCUUGAUGCUCAGCUGAGAAGAACACUUAGUCCAGAGACUAUUGCAGUGACAUCCACAGUUGGUCCUGUGUCUGUGGUGGCUCCAACAGCAGUUACGGAAGCAGGAGCACAGCCUCAGAAGGAUGUUUCUCAGAUCGCAGAAGGUCCUGUCCUAGCAACUACUAGUUCAGGAACUGGUGUUUUUAAGAUGGGACGAUUUCAGGUUUCCGUUGCAAUGGAUGAUGUCCAAAAAGAGGGUAAAAAUAAGUCAGAAGAAACAAAGUCUGUUCAUUUUGAAUCCAGUACUUCAGAGUCCUCAGUGCUAUCAAGUAGUAGUCCAGAAAGUACGCUGGUGAAGGCAGAGCCUAAUGGGAUAACCAUUCAUGGCGUCUCAUCAGAUAUGCCAGAUAGCGCCCACAAAACUCCUGCCUCAGAAGCGAAGUCAGAAACUGGGCAGCCUACCAAAGUGGGACGUUUUCAGGUGACAACUACAGCAAACAAAGUAGGUCGUUUCUCUGUAUCAAGAACUGAAGACAAGAUCACUGAGGCAAAGAAAGAGGGAUCAACAGCAUCUCCUCCUUUCCUGGAUUUGGAACAAGGUGUUCUCCCUGCUGUGAUACCAAAGAGAGAGAAGCCUGAACUGUCAGAGCCUUCACAUCUGAAUGGGCCAUCUUCGGACCUGGAGGCCGCCUUCCUUAGCAGGGAUGUGGAUGAUGGUUCAGGUAGUCCACACUCCCCUCAUCAGCUGAGCUCGAAGAGCCUGCCUAUCCAGAAUCUAAGUCAAAGCCUUAGUAAUUCAUUCAACUCCUCUUACAUGAGUAGUGACAAUGAGUCAGAUAUUGAAGAUGAAGAUUUAAAAUUAGAGCUGCGAAGACUGCGAGAAAAACAUCUUAAAGAAAUUCAAGACCUGCAGAGUCGCCAGAAGCAUGAAAUUGAAUCUUUAUAUACCAAACUGGGAAAGGUUCCACCUGCUGUCAUUAUUCCCCCAGCUGCCCCUCUUUCAGGGAGAAGAAGGCGACCCACUAAAACCAAAGGCAGCAAAUCUAGUCGCAGCAGUUCCUUGGGGAAUAAAAGCCCCCAGCUUUCAGGUAACCUGUCUGGUCAGAGUGCUGCUUCAGUUUUGCACCCCCAGCAGACCCUCCACCCUCCUGGCAAUAUCCCAGAGACUGGGCAGAAUCAGCUGUUACAGCCCCUUAAGCCAUCUCCCUCCAGUGACAACCUCUAUUCAGCCUUUACCAGUGAUGGUGCCAUUUCAGUACCAAGCCUUUCUGCUCCAGGUCAAGGCUGUGCGAAGUUUAACUGUGCAUCUGAACAGGUGACAUUCAAACCUGGUGGCAGGAGGACCCGAUUUCUGAGGAAGAUGGUGAAAAAAGUCUGUCCUUGCAACCAGCUCUGUAGGACCAGCAGCACAAACACCGUUGGGGGAACAGUGAACAGCCAAGCCGCCCAAGCUCAGCCUCCUACCAUGACGUCCAGCAGGAAGGGCACAUUCACAGAUGACCUGCACAAGCUGGUAGACAAUUGGGCCCGAGAUGCCAUGAAUCUUUCCGGCAGGAGAGGAAGCAAAGGACACAUGAAUUACGAGGGCCCUGGAAUGGCAAGGAAGUUCUCUGCACCUGGUCAGCUGUGCAUCUCCAUGACCUCAAAUUUGGGUGGUUCUGCCCCCAUCUCUGCAGCAUCAGCUACCUCUCUAGGUCACUUCACCAAGUCUAUGUGCCCCCCACAGCAGUACGGUUUUCCAGCUCCCCCCUUUGGCACUCAGUGGAGUGGAACAGGUGGCCCGGCACCACAGCCGCUUGGCCAGUUCCAACCUGUGGGAACUGCCUCCUUACAGAAUUUCAACAUCAGCAAUUUGCAGAAGUCCAUCAGCAACCCCCCAGGUUCCAACCUGCGGACCACUUAGACCUAGAGACAUUAACUGAGUAGAUUUGGGGGCAGGAGAUGGAAUGCUGAAGGGUGGGUGGGAGGGGGGAAAUGGGAAAGUAGCCUAUAUACUAACUACUAGUGCUGCAUUUAACUGGUUAUUUUUUGCCAGAAAGGAAUGUUUUUAAUACCGCUUAGAGCCCUCAGAAUUGAGACUGUCCCUCCCCUUUCACCAUUUAUUGGAGUGGAACAAGAAGAAAAGAGCAGCUUUCUUGUGAUGGGGCGGCUUCAAACUAUGCUUUCCUGUUUCUCUACACCCAAUAGUUAGGGCAAGAAAAGAGAAUCAUUUAUCAGAAAGCAACAAGAGAGCUCAGUGGAAAACCAAACCCAUCUGUAUUUUCAAAUGGGUGGAGCUCUUAAUUUUGGUACCCACCCCAAAUCCCUUAUUCCCUCAAGAACCUAAACCACAAGACAAACAAAACAAAACUAUUGGGCUCUCUCCUACCCUGUUCCCCCUCCUUUUUUCCUUUCUUUGUUUUUACUUUUGUUUCUUUCUUUCUUUUUGGUUUAGAACCCAGUGAAAAACACCAGGGGACUGAGGUUUCAACCCUUUCUUAUAAUAGGUCAUUAGUGCUUUAAGCAAAUGAUAUUAGCAGCUUUGACUGCAGCAUUAGCAAUUAGGAAAAAAAAAUUAAGUCCCCUGCGGACAUGUAACUUUGCCAUCAGUUUUGAUGUGGAAACACUGUGAUAUAUAAAUGUUGUUGGACAACAGUAGUUUUAAGAGUAAAAUAUGAAAGGUUUAAAAAGUUGAAAAAAAAAAAAAAAGCAAGCUCUGUCCUUUACUUAUUGAGACACUUUAGCUUUUUCCUUUGUAUUUCCAUUGUAGUAGAUAAAUAAAUGUGAAUGUAAGAUUGUAUAAAUUACUGUACUUGAAUACUUCUGUUCUCCCAGUAUUGCUUGCUGGAUAUUUUAGUGCCUUGGACUUCUACUGCUUCUGCCAUUAGCACCAACUUCUCAUCAGACCCCAGGUCAGCAGAGGGCAUAUGGAAGGCUACUAGGUCCAUGUGACCCCAGCAGAGGAUUAUGCCAAAGGGAAACUGAGUGUUUUGUUCUGUUGUUUGUUUUGUUUUGUUUUGAAGUCAUUCAGUUUUGUCUAGAGCAGGUGUAAGAUGAGCAGGGUGAGAAGUUAAGUUGACAUCAGUGGUUGAAAGCAGAAAGUUCCUGUUUCAAGAACAGUAAGGAGGGGUGUGGUAACAAAAUUGAGCAAUUUAAAAGAUUAAGGGUGGUGUGUGAUAAAUGAAAGGAAGACUAAGAACAGGAGAACAGACUUGUCAGGAAGCUGUGUGCUACCUGGCCCACGGGGUGCCAUGAGCCUUACUUAAUCGUCAGGCUUGACAGACAAGACCUAGUGGAAAUGGCUGAAUAGAAAGGGAAGGGGGUGGGGGCUACUUUUUAAGUUGGGAAACGUUGAUAGUGGAAAGUCACCGAUGGAGAAAGAUGCUCUAAGAAAAACUUUGCUUUCCUCUUGUUGCAAAUAUAUCAUGCAUUUCUCAGCUUGGGGUACUGUAUUUUGUGGAGAGCGGACCCACAUCUGAAUUAAGCAUCAUAAGACAGAGGGCUUAUUCCUAUUCA